AUGGCGGUGCGAGCUGGAAUCGCCUCAAAUAAGGCGUUAGUGAAAAAGGUGAUUGGAUUAAUCGUCGUUGUGGUUGUUUGUGUGGCAGUGGUUGUUGUAGUUUUAAAAGUCCUCAAAACGUUUGAGGACUCCUCCAGCGACUCCAAAAAGGAAAAAACAUUUAAUGAAGGUACGUUAGAUAAUUGAAAUUUUAUUUUGAAGUUACUGUACUCAAACAUUUUGCGUUCUUUCGUAGUUGAAGCAACGGCAUCAUUUACCAUAAUGCUUCAAGUUGUUCCUGAAAGAUGUCGUUGUUCUGAAGACAAUUACCCAAGGAAAUAGCACUUUUUUCAUUUCAGUUGUUUCUUGUGGCAAUUAUUUCCGGAAAGAAACUGAUUUUCCACAAGUUCGCAGCCUUUGUUUCGUGUGUUACGUCACAACUGUGGCGCGCGCGUUCUUGCUUUCUGAAAGUGGCCAAAUAAAUUAAAAGUACCAGGCUUGAUGAUCUAAAUAUCGUCCUAACCCUGAAAAAGGUGCAUACGAUUUUUGCCAAUCCCCCAUUAAAAGGCGAUGGUUGCAACUGGAUCUAUUGCAUUUUAGUGCUCGUGGUCUAUCUACAUCAGACUUUUGGAGCCUCUCUGGGGGUCUGAGAUAGGGGUUUAUGCUACACAUUUCUCGUCUAGCUCUCCAAGAAGUCAUUUGGGUCAUCCGGGAUGCCUAAUUUUUACUAAUUCCCUCAAUCAAGCCAUUCUCAUGCAGUUUUCUUUAUAUUUUAGUUCGCGUACUGACGAACCAGGGUGGUGUGGGUAAUUUUGGACCAUCUAUACUCAAGUACGAAGGCGUCCUGAAAAACGAGGUCAAAGUCUCCCCCCAGCAUCCGGGCAUUCAACUUUGGACGAUUCCAGUUUCCGGUCUCUGGUCUAUCGAAGCUAGAGGAGCCUCCGGGGCUGACGGGAUAUUAGCCGGAAGUUCAAGUAACCGUAAGCGAGGAGGAUACGGAGCUAUUGUGAAAGGAAAAUUCCUUCUACACAGGGGAAGAAUCCUAAAGAUUUUGGUCGGCAAUGAGGGCUUCCGUGACUUUCUAGACCCUCACCGUCCUGGGGGAGGAGGGGGUGGUACCUUUGUUGUGUACGAGGAUGGUAAACCGCUGCUUGUAGCUGGUGGUGGGGGUGGUGGUGGAAUACCAAAAGCUUGUAAGUACGCAUGCACCUAUUAUACAAUGAUUUUGUGCCGAUUGUCACAAAGCUACAAAAACAUGAGGGCCAGAACAAGCCUAAGUCGUUCUCACACAAUCAAGCUCCAAAUAAUCUAAUAGUUAGCUAUCAAAAUAUGUAUGGGUAGAGAGGUUGUUGGUAGGCUCCAAUCCAUCACGUCCUUAUUGGUCCGAGGGAAUGAGGAGAGCAGUUUGUCUCAACGAAGCUUUACUUCCCCAAUAAGAUCGAAAAUUUACUGAUAAACAUGAUUUUGGAACUAGCCCACAAUCCUGACUAAAAGUUCGUAAUCCUCCUACUUCGAUGUACGCAUAAGGCGCUUAGAUUAAAUGAUUUCUUAAAGUGUUGUGCAAAUUUUCUCUUGGAGGCGUUUUUUAGUGCCCUUCAGGAUAAAAGCUGUUCUGAAGUCACUUACGAAUUCGCUACAGAAAGAAGCCAUGCACAACAUUUUUGUGUAUUAGGCUGUAAUAUACCUCCUGACCCUUGGAUAUUCCUUCUGCUCAAUCACAAGUGACUACUUGGGCAACUAAACUUUAAAAUUAAUCUUGUAAUAUUCUCAUAGCUCGACAGACAGAUGGGAAAGGUGGCAGGUCCAAUGAUGAGCCAUCCUCCAGUGUCAGCGGCAGCGAGGGUAAAGGCGGGAAACUUUUAGACUACAGCGACAGCAGCGAGACGGUCAUCAAUGAAUCCACUGGGCAUCACAAAGUUAUUGCAGGCGCAGGAGGAGGCAUGUACAGCGCUGGAGUCGGCUUCAAAGAAGGCUGGGGUGGAGAAAGCUUCGUUGGUGGAGGAAAUGGUGGAGAGGCAAACACGGUAUAUGAUAAGUUUCCCCAUGGGAAGAGGGGUCGUGGAGGUUUUGGCGGGGGAGGGGCUGCUGGUUUGUUGCCCGGAGGUGGGGGAGGGUAUUCGGGGGGUGGUGUCAAAGGGUGUUGGUUGCAGUGUGAUGGUAAGAAUGGUGGCACGGCGGAAGGAGGAAGUUCGUACAACGCCGGGAUUUCACCUUCUAAUAAGGCAAACAAGAACAAGGGUCCUGGUAGAGUCUAUAUUAGGCUCAUGUCUGAGGAAGUUGAGGAAGAUUAA